AUGGCAUCUCAAGACUUUGUGCGGACCGAGAUUUUCGGUACGGUCUUCGAGACUACACCAAGGUAUACAGAUUUGACACCUAUAGGAAUGGGUGCUUUUGGCCUUGUUUGUUCAGCCAAGGACAACCUUACAGGACAAAAUGUUGCAAUCAAAAAAGUUAUGAAACCAUUCUCGACUGCUGUGCUAGCCAAGAGAACAUACAGAGAGCUCAAACUAUUAAAUCACCUCAGGCAUGAAAAUUUGAUUUCUUUAGAGGACAUCUUUCUAAGUCCAUUGGAAGACAUAUAUUUUGUUACAGAUUUACAAGGUACCGACUUGCAUAGAUUGUUGGCAUCUCGUCCUUUGGAAAAACAGUUCAUUCAAUACUUCUUGUACCAAAUUCUUAGGGGUCUCAAGUAUGUUCAUUCUGCGGGUGUCAUUCAUAGAGAUUUAAAGCCAAGCAAUAUCUUGAUCAAUGAAAACUGUGAUUUGAAGAUUUGUGAUUUUGGUCUUGCAAGAAUCCAGGACCCGCAAAUGACUGGAUACGUCUCUACAAGAUACUACAGGGCACCAGAAAUCAUGCUUACAUGGCAAAAAUACGACACCGAGGUGGAUAUAUGGUCUGCUGGGUGUAUCUUUGCCGAGAUGAUCGAAGGCAAACCUUUGUUUCCUGGUAAAGAUCACGUGGACCAGUUUAGUAUAAUUACAAAACUUCUUGGUUCUCCGCCACCUGAUGUUAUCGAUACAAUAUGUUCUGAGAACACGUUACGUUUUGUUAAAUCCCUUCCUCAUAGAGAUCCAGUCCCAUUUAGUGAGAGAUUUAAGGGCGUCGAUCCCGAUGCAAUUGAUCUCUUAUCGAAAAUGUUGGUUUUUGACCCUAAAAAAAGAAUAACUGCCGCAGAAGCCUUGGAACAUAAAUACUUGACUCCAUAUCACGAUCCAACAGAUGAACCAAUAGCCGAGGAAAGAUUUGAUUGGUCUUUUAACGAUGCAGACCUUCCGGUGGAGACCUGGAAAAUCAUGAUGUACAGUGAAAUUUUAGAUUUUCAUGAAAUUGAAGGUGCCGAGGCCAUGCAUAACGAUAAUCUGGUACAAGGACAAUACGAAUCGGAUAUCAUACAACAGCAGCAUUUACAACAGAGACUUGAGCAACAGCAGCAACAGCAGCAACAACAACAACAACAAGGGCAAGAAAGAGUUGGCGAAAAAUCGUCUUAG